UGAACACAAUAACAGGAGGCCAGUCACGCGAAUGUUCUCUGGAGUAGUCGUGUGGUGUGAUAAACUGCCAAUUGAAGUACUAUCAAUCAGUCAGCUCAAGGACUAGCUAUCGUAGUAGGCCCAUGCAUGCUCAGCUCCACUGAAUAGUGAGAGUCCACCACGCCUACUGGUAUAGCUUCUAAACAUUACCGUUACAUUGAGUGCAGUAUUUUGCACGUCUAGUCGUUGUCUCGUUUCGCCUCAUUUUUCAGCGCAAGCGUGCGGUUAAGAAUAUCCAGCAUGACUCGAGGAAGACUCUCAAAAGUUGAACGAAAGUCGAUGGUAUGCAUCUCCCUAACCGUUCUCCUCGCUAUGCUGCUGAUGGUGUGUACAACGCAGCGAAAGAUGAUGUCUUCGGACCUUGAGGAUUCUUCCCGACUCCGCCGUUCUCUGUCGGAUAAUGACAUGCUGCUCAAUAACAAUGACACACUGUUCAGCUUGCCAUGUACUCAAGAACUGGUGCUCGGGAACGGAACGGUAGGGGCCAUAGUGACAAGAGUCAAUGUAACCAACGAUUAUGUCAGCCUAGUCCGAAUCAACAUCACUUUCACCGAUGACAAUCUACCGGACGACUCGGAACAGAGUAACCCAUCGAUCUGGCACUGGGGCUUAGGAGGAAGAGGUCGAACUCUACUCAAUUUCCCUUACGACAAUAAAUCCUUGUCUCUGAACACCUUGAGUUAUGGAUUGCACACGGUCUAUAUCACGAUUAACAACAGUGAGUCACUAAACGAUUCCUACUCUGAUACUUGCUUGGGAUACACCUUGUCCAAACUGGUACGGAAAGUUAGACUGCAAUUACAGAUUUCAGGUGUUGUUUUAGAGGAUGCCACAGACGACGUCUUGUGCAAAGAAAGGUACCUGAACGCGCCAGCGUUUCGAGCCACGUCGAUCCCGGGAUAUAGUCUGUUUGAUCUGCAAUCGAGCACCUACUACGAAUGUUGGAGUAUAAUGAAUAUCAAGACAUGUGACCAGGACAAUUGCUUAAAUUAUCCUUCCUUUCCUAUCUACUGUACUAUAGUAAAUAUAGCUUUUGGGAUUACGUACAUACUGAUCUUCUUGGCCCUCAUCUAUGAGCUGUGGGUUAUCUACUCUGGAGCUUUUAACUACCAGGAUGAAGACUUCGGAGAUACAUUUACUGUCAACAUCUUACGAAUCAAUCUGAUCCCACCCAUUUUGCUCAUGCUUGCUUCGAAUAAUCCACGGCAUCACAAAAUAUUCUACAUGACAUACAGGGCCGUGAUUUACGCUAUACCGUUCAUUAUUUAUUUCGUUGCCUUCCUGUGGUACGUCACCAGGGUUGAGGAAUAUACAUACCGGAGCUACCUACGUGGAGGGAUGUUCACGCAGACCAAUGCCUGGGGUCUCGAUUUUGCAUUAGCAAACAUCUUGUACAUCGAUGGAGCUAUUGUGUACUUGUACUUUAUUCACAAGUACCGCGUCGGGAACCAAGUUCAGGUUAUUGAGGAACCGUACGAUUGGAAGAGCAAGAAAGUGAGGCUCUUCUGGUAUACUGCAGUGGCAGUUCUUUGUUUCUUCCGGUUCUCUGCGACGGCUAUGUUGUUGGUCGAGAUUGUGGUUUUAACUGUCAUUGGGAUAAGUAUCAAUAUCAGGUAUGGAAGCCCCAUCUGGGUCAAUGUCAUCAUUGGUACGUUUUUCCUGUUCGCAAACAUCAUGCAAUUCUUCGACAGCUACCAAUUCCUCUUCACCAAGAUCUACUCUGUUGGAACAAAAGUGGACAAGGAUGAUUACCCGAAUAAAUUCUUUGAGCAAACCAAUGACGGAUCACCACAACUGGUAUUCAAGAUCAAAUCUAGUCUUCUUCGUGACAUCAUCCGGAAAUGGCUACCUUUACAUAGCCAUCUCUUAUAUACCAUCAUGUACAUCAUCGUCGGAUUCGCAUUUCUCGCCGUUAUCGCCGUCGUCGUUGUCUUCAUAGACCGAACCACCCAAGUCACUUCAUUCGUCGAAUACGUGAUCACGGCAGUACCCUUUGUUUUCGCAGCCAUAGGGAAGUUUGGAGGAAGUGCUCUCACCGCUGGUGGGAGGGCCAAGAACCGUGCACAGGACAAAAUUUUAAUACUCGAACAGGAUUUCAGAGAGUAUGCUCAAACAGGUGAAUUCCCGCCGCAUGAGGCUCGUUGCUGGACGUCAUUCCAGAGGUGGGUAUCAUGGCUUCUAUGCUGUUCAGAAGAACCAGAUCAGCAGGAUCUAGACCAGGGCCAGACACAGGACCAAGCUCCUGCCGCUCCUGCUGGAUCCGUCAAUCAGUCUACGAACCCACCCGAGGGAUCAGCUGCAGAUCAAGGUACACCUCCGACGUCGGCCAGCAGAAGCGUCCCACCGCGAGACAUGGCCGGGGAUGCCGGGGACAGAACCUCAGCUGCUGCUUCUUUGCUGUCGUCAUCGGAAGUGCUAGAUCCACCGUCACCCUCUUCUCCUUUGAUAGAAACCCAUGUUCAGUUAGGGCCAGAAGAUGACCCCAGGGAAGGGGCUGAGCGUAGCAAAGAGAUUUCAUUGUAAAAACACCACUGAACGUAAAAUGUGUUGAGGGUUUCUAAAAAAAAGUUGAGGGCGCUGCAAUUAUGAUAAUAAUAAUAAUAGCUCACAUUUAUAAUGAGCCUAAUACUUUGUUUCUAGGGGCAGCACAUAUUAUUGCCCCGGUCAUCGGAUUCAGGCCUUACCCGCAACACAAUGUAUGCACAUUUUCCACUCCCUGGGGAGCAAAACACCAUCAGUACCCAUUCACACAUCGGCGGAGAGUGGCAAAUGUGGAUUAAUGUCUUACUAAAGGGUGUUAGUUUUAGGGUGGGAUUCGAUCCCUCGGUCCCUGGAUUAAGUGUCAAGUCUUCAUGUUUCUAUGUAAAAAUUAGCAAUGAUGAUAAUAUACAACUCUCGUUAAAUGACCGUUAUCAUUUGCAUCACUCAUUAUCCAUUUUGAUAAUUAAGUAAUAAUAGUAAUAAUACACAACAUUUAUCAGGCGCUUAAUAUGGUUGUUUCUAUAAAGCGCACCGUUGUCUCUCUACAAAUUACUAACCAAAACUUCCAAUGAACACACGAAUUAUAAAUCUGUUCUUUUUCAGUUAAUCAUGCAGAUAUGAUAAUGAAAAUGAGAUCAAACAUAAGAUCAAUCAUACAAGGAAUACGUUGGUGUACACCUCCUUUGACCGACUUUCAACUGAGCCCAUGUAGAAUAUCAUUCAUGACUUAAAAUGGUGCGUUUUCAUCAAGGUCUUAAACUGAUCAAGGGAAGGAGUAUCAUGAAUAUGCGCUGGUAAAUUGUCCAAAAGAAUAGAGGCAUUUACUGAAAAAAGCUCGAUCGCCAUAUCUUGUAACAAAACGAGGUCCAAGUGUUUACUUUAAAGUUGAUAAUGAUCGAAGAGGUCUUAAAGACCUAGACCAACAUAAGGAAAUCAAAUCCGAAAGAUAUUUAGGGACUUGUCCAUGGAGAAUUUUGUAUGUCAAAAGAAGAACUUUAAAUGUUAUACGAUGGUGUAAAUAUGGGAAGCCAAUGACGAGAAUGCAAUAUUGGGGUAUGUGCUUUAAUUUUCUCGAGAGAGUAAUACGCCUUACAGCAGCAUCAUUCUCAGCAUUUACGAGUGGAAAAUAUACAUUGCAUUUUGAAUUGAAUUGAAUGUUAUGUUUAAUCAUGUUAAUGGACUCGCAUUUCUAAUAAGUAUGUUUUGUAAAUCUUUUUUAAUUUGGUGAUGAUAUAAAUCAAAUCAAUGUAGAUUAGAUAAUAGGAAAUGGAUUGAAACUGAAAUGCAUUUGUUGACCACACACUCGUCUUUGACAGACACAUCGGAUUCUAAAACACGCCGUGGAGACGUUGAUAAACGCGAUCGAAAGUCUAAGGUCCAAUGCAUUAGUGUGUUUUUAUUAUCAUUUUGUCAAAGCUAUUUACAACUUAGUCAUUAUGUACAUUAUUACUUCCUGCAAUGUUUCAAGAUCGUAACAUAAUUAUAAAACUGCAUAGACUACCAUUAACACAAUGAAUACCAAGCACUUCAUUCUACACAUACUACAAUUCGCUAACAAAAUAUUUCUGGACUUUAUAAUUCUAGGGUUAGUAUACUGGUGUCGUUGAAACGUAUUAUUCAUUAUGUAUGUUAUUAAUUUCAUGUCAUUUUUGCAAAUUCCAUUUGGAGAUUUGUCUGGGUAAGAUAAAGUAAUGUGUUAUUUUACUUUCAUCAUAUUAUCCUCUUUUGUACCUGGUUUCUUAAUAAAACAACUAUGGUAAACAUGUCAA